AGCAAUUUUGGGCCGUCAAUUUUCUUCCUUGAGAUUGGUACAUCUGCGGAUACAACCCUCCGAAUGCGGAUCACUCCCAGCAUCUUUGAAGGGUUUUUGCGACCCGGAAGACUCGACCAGCCACUUCUGUAGCCGCCGUCACCGUCUUCCUCUUCGUUCUUCACUCUUCACUGGCCGACGCAUUCGUUCGCAAAAAUGGCAACAGAAGAUUGCAAGGACUUGCUUUCCAGUGGUAAUCAGUCUGAAAAUGUUGAAAAUGACCUUUAUAACGAUGUUAAUAUUAUGGCAACUUCAUUUACGAGUGAACAGAAUGAAGAAGCUUUUCUGAUUGCUCUUGAAGACAAGAAUGCUGAAGAAGUUAAGGCAAAUGCUGUGCUGAAAAUGGCAGCAGAAGUUUCAAUGAAGUUAGUUGAUGGGCAUGACAAUACAGAUGAACUGGGUGACAAUGAUGUUGAAAAUGACAAGAAGGUUGAAGCAGUAAAUAGCUCUUCCAACAAGGAAACAAAGAAAAUAUUAAGGAAAAGGAAGAAGAAUGCUGAAGACAUCUCUGGUAAUACUCUGUCAUCUCCUUCCAAGACGCCUAAAAAGAAGACGAGUAAUGUGAGUGCCAUUAGGAUAAAAGGAUUGUCACCUUGUGAUAAAUCUACUGAAGGGAAUGCGGAGAAAGAAGUCGAAACUGAUGGCCAACCAGAAUCCAUUGGAAAGGCUGAUGAUGAAGUGGAGAAAGUAGAUGAUAAAGAUGUAAAAGUUGGUGAGAAGGUCAAAGGGGCAGUGAGCAAAGCGGUCAGAAUCGCAAAGAAGAAAAUCGAUGCGAAGCCUAAAGCUGGGAGUUCCAAUGCUGAGCCAGCUCCAACUAAAUCAUCAAAUGUUGCAGUUGUAGAAGCUUCUUCUAGUAUGAAAGAAAAUGCAAAACCAAAUGUAAAAAGUGAUGAGAAUCCUGCAUCUGCCACAAAAAGUGCCGUUCCUACAAUCGAGGAAAAGGAUGCAGAAGGCACAAAAGAUAAACCAACUUCUACAAAGAAACAUUUAACUGGUGAUGAUUCUGCAGAGAAACAAUUAAAGAAGGUUGAUGGUAUGGGCUUGAUAUUUAUGUGUAAUGCUAAGACCAAGAAAGAUUGCUUCAAGUACAAUGUUUUUGGUCUCCCAGAAAGCAAGAAAGCGCUAGUAGCAAAGAUUUAUAAGGGUAUGAGAUUAUUUUUAUUUGAUUUUGAUCUUAAGCUGCUGUAUGGAAUCUUCAAAGCUGCUAGUCCUGGAGGCUACAAUAUUGAACCUAAGGCAUUUGGUUCAAAAUUCCCAUCUCAGGUUCGUUUCACUGUUUUAAGGGAUAGUCUGCCCCUACCAGAGGAGAAAUUUAAAUCAGCUAUAAAAGACAACUAUACUACAAGGAACAAGUUCGAUUGCCAGCUUUCCCCUGUUCAGGUAAGAAAACUAUGCAAGUUAUUUCAAAGUGCAACAGGCAGGGAAGCAGUCAUGCCAAGCUCCAGAGCAAGGGAACCAAAACGCAGGCAUGUGAGGAGAGAAAUUUACCCUUCCCCACCUCCUCUAACUCGUCAUUAUCCAUCUCCGCCUCCCCGACGACGCUAUCCAUCUCCGCCUCCCCGAGCUUUACCGCCAGUUCCACUGCCUCCAUCCUACACCUAUGAACGACCUGGUGAUGACUACUAUUACAGGAGUGACCAUCGUAGGGUUUUGGAUUUAGAAAUGAGGCCGAGGAAUCUUCCUAUAGACUAUUCCUAUAACCUGUACAGGGAACCUGUUUUAUACCGUGAACCAGCAUAUCCGCCGAGCUUGCCUGUUGCAUACGCUGCUAGACCUCAGGAACCACGUUCGCCGCCUAGGUAUCUUUACUGAGGAAGGUUGGUGGCUUGCCUGGAUAUGUGAGGGAGUGACUGAUUCUCAUUACGCAUAGCAUUUGUAGGGUGUCAGAACAUUUGUAGGGUGCCUCAGAACUAUCUGUCUUUGCUUACUUUUCAGGACUUAUUCUACUUUGUUUUGCUGAAAGAUUCACUCUGAUCAUUUUAGUAUUUCAGAUUUCUCUUUUGCUGGUUAUGAGCGCAGGUGAGGAAUGUUUUUUGUUUUGUUGAAAGAUUUAACUCUGAUCAUUUUUGUAUUUCAGAUUC